AUGACUCCUACUACAGACCGGAGGAAAGCACACCAAUAGAAUGCGUUGCCCAGCACCAAAACCCUGCAUUUCGCUGCUAUUCCGACCACUCACUUAAAUGUGCCCACCGUAAACAUGUGGAUACCUACUGAACAUGAAAAAUACGGCGUCGUGCUGGCCAGUUUCCGAGGGACCGUCCAGCAUGGCCUCCCACUGGAAAUUGGAGACACAGUGCAGAUCCUGGAGAAAUGUGAAGGCUGGUACCGAGGAUUCAUCUUGAAGAAUCCUAAUGUCAAGGGGAUCUUCCCUUCCAGCUACAUCCACUUGAAAAAUGCCCACGUCAAGAAUAAAGGGCAAUUUGAGACAGUCAUCCCUGUUGAAGACUCGGUCAUCACAGAGAUGACAUCAACGUUGCGAGACUGGGGUGCCAUGUGGAAACAACUCUAUGUGAAGAAUGAGGGGGAUUUGUUCCACCGGCUUUGGCACGUGAUGAAUGAAAUCCUGGACCUUAGGAGGCAGGUGCUAGUGGGCCACCUCACCCAUGACCGCAUGAGAGACGUCAAGCAGCACAUCACAGCCAGAUUGGACUGGGGCAACGAACAACUUGGCUUGGACCUGGUCCCCAGACGAGAGUUCAGCAUGGUGGAUCCAGACGAAAUCAGUGUCACAGAGCUUUACAGACUGAUGGAACAUCGGCAUCGUAAGAAGGAGACUGCUGCUCCUGCUAGCACCCAUCAUUUAUUUGUCCACGUGAAGAGCCUGAUGAGCGCCAAUCUGGGAGAAGAGCUUGAGGUCUUCUUCCAUAUCUAUGAUGGACGAGAGAACCGGCCACUCAGUGAAAGGUUCUUUGUCAGGCUGAAUAAGGGCGGGUUGCCCAAGUCGCCAGAGAAGACAGAAAGACAAUGCACGCUGUUUGUGGAUUUGGGAAGCAGUGAUUUGCGAAAAGAUGUCUACAUCGUUGUACACAUCAUAAGAAUAGGGAGGAUGGGAGCUGGGGAGAAGAAGAACCUGUGUAGUGUACAGUACAGGCGGCCGUUUGGCUGUGCUGUCGUCAGCAUCGCUGAUCUCCUCACUGCUGACUCUAAGGAUGACCACCUGCUCAAGGUCUAUGCGUGUAACACUGAGAGUGAGUGGUACCAGAUUCACGAGAACAUUAUCAAAAAGGCCAAUUCCAGAUACAACCUGUCUGGCUCCAACACCGGCCUAGCAGUGGCUCUCCAGCUCCUCCACGGGGACAUAGAGCAGCUGAGACGGGAGUACAUGGUCCUCUUCACCCGCGGUGUGUCCAUCACCAGGAAACUGGGCUUCUCUGAUGUCAUCAUGCCAGGAGAGAUGAGGAAUGACCUUUACAUCACACUGGAGAAAGGAGAGUUUGAGAAGGGUGGGAAGAGCGUUGCCAGGAACGUAGAGAUCACGGUCUAUGUCCUGGAUAUCGAUGGACAGAUCCUCAAGAGUCAUGUGGCUGCUGGCUCAGGUGAACCAGGGGGGGAUGAGUACCACUCUUUGGUGCUGUACCACAACAACAGCCCCCGCUGGGCGGAGCAGAUCAAGCUUCCCAUCCCAGUCGACAUGUUUCGGGGGUCGCAUGUCCGGUUUGAGUUCCGACACUGCUCCACUAAAGACAAGGGAGAGAAGAAACUGUUUGGCUACUCCUUUGUUCCUCUGAUGCAGGAGGAUGGCAGGACUCUGCCAGAUGGCACCCAUGAGCUCAUUAUCCACAAGUGUGAGGAGAACACCAGCUUGGCAGACUGUUCUCGCUACCUGAAGCUGCCAUUCUCUAAGGCCAACCUCCCGUCCAACAACCAGACGCUGAAAGGCACCAAGGAGUCUUUCUGGAUCACCAGCUUCCUCUGCUCCACCAAGCUCACUCAGAAUGGUGAUAUGCUGGACCUGUUGAAGUGGAGAGCCCACCCCGAAAGGAUCAACGACAGCCUCUCUAAGCUGAAGGAGAUCGAUGGCUCGGAGAUUGUCAAAUUUCUACAGGACACCCUGGACACUCUGUUCGGUAUUCUGGAUGAAAGCUCUCAGAGAUAUGGGCUGAAGGUGUUUGAUUCACUGGUCCAUAUCAUCAACCUUCUCCAGGACAGCAAAUUCCAGCACUUCAAACCAGUCAUGGACACCUACAUCGAGAGCCACUUUGCCGGAGCUUUGUCCUACAGGGACCUGAUCAAAGUACUGAAGUGGUACGUGGACCGCAUUGUUGACGCAGAGCAUCAGGAUCACAUACAGCAGGUGCUCAAGGCCAGCGAGUACAUCUUCAAAUACAUUAUCCAAUCUCGACGGCUCUUCUCUUUGGCCACGGGAGGCCAGAACGAGGAGGAGUUCAGAGUCUGCAUCCACGAGCUCUUCAUGUCCAUCCGCUUCUUCCUCUCGCAGGAAAACAAAGGCACCAGUCCUGUCGCACAAACACAGGCGAUGUUCCUGCGGACGUUUCCGGCGGUUUAUGGCGAGCUGCUGAAGAUCUUCACAGUGCGAGAGGUGGCUGGCUUCGUCAGGGAGACGCUGGGCAGCCUGCCCACCGCUGUCCACGCCGACUGCCCCCUGGAGGCCGUCAAACUGCAGUGCAUUGCCAAAACUGUGGAGAGCCAGCUUUACAUUAACCCAGAAUCACGCUGCAUCCUGUUGCCGGUGGUGCUCCGUGUCCUCCAGGUCCACAUGCAGGAGCAGAGAGACCUGGUCAUGUGCGCUCGCAUCCUCACCAGCAUGCUGUCCCUCAUCAAGAAGGAGGAGAAUGGCACGGCUCAGCUCGGGUCGCCUGGCUUGCACUGUUCGCUGCCAGAGGGCCAGCUCGUGGAGCCUGUAGUGUCUGAGGAGGUGGAGUUAAUUGUGGAAAGCCUGCUGGGAGUUCUGCUGAGGACCAUCCUGGAAAUUAGCAACCGGCCCCAGUCUGCUGGCCCUGCCAUGAGACUGCAGUUCCAGGAUGUCACUGGUGAGUUUGUGGCGUGUUUGUUGGCACUGCUCCGACAGAUGAGUGACAGACACUACCAGCAGCUGCUGCAGGCCUUCAGCAGCAAAGACGACCUGAGGGACUUCCUUCUUCAGAUCUUCACAGUCUUCAGGAUCCUCAUCCGACCAGAAAUGUUUCCUAAGGACUGGACUGUCAUGCGAUUGGUCACCAACAAUGUCAUCAUCACAACUGUCCUCUACCUGUCUGACGCUCUGAGGAAAAACUUCCUCAAUGACAAGUUCGACUACAAGGUGUGGGACUCAUAUUUCUAUCUGUCUGUGAUAUUUAUCAACCAACCCUGUCUUCAACUGGAGUCCUUCUCUCCCUCCAAGAGAAAGAAGAUACUGGAAAAGUAUGGAGACAUGAGGGUGAUGAUGGGCUGCGAGAUCUUCAGCAUGUGGCAGAAUUUAGGGGAACACAAGUUGAACUUCAUCCCGGCGAUGAUUGGUCCGUUCUUGGAGGUGACGCUGGUGCCUCAGCCUGAUCUGAGGAAUGUCAUGAUCCCCAUCUUCCACGACAUGAUGGACUGGGAGCAGAGACGCAGUGGCAAUUUCAAACAGGUGGAGGCCAAGCUGAUCGACAAGCUGGACAGCCUGAUGUCUGAGGGCAAAGGAGAUGAGACGUACAGGGAGCUCUUCAACAGCAUCCUGCUGAAGAAGAUUGAGAGAGAGACCUGGAGGGAGAGCGGGAUCUCUCUGAUCGCUACAGUCACUCGCUUAAUGGAGAGACUGCUAGACUACAGGGAUUGUAUGAAGCUGGGAGAAGUGGAUGGUAAAAAGAUUGGAUGUACUGUCAGUUUACUGAACUUCUACAAAACAGAGUUGAACAAAGAGGAGAUGUACAUCCGCUACAUUCACAAACUCUACGACCUGCACUUGAAAGCACAAAACUACACAGAGGCAUCGUACACCCUGCUGCUGUAUGACGAGUUGUUGGAGUGGUCGGACAGGCCGCUCAGAGAGUUCCUCAACUACCCCAUGCAGAGCGAAUGGCAAAGAAAGGAGUACCUGCAUCUCACUAUUGUCCAGAACUUUGACAGGGGGAAGUGUUGGGAGAAUGGCAUCAUCCUGUGCAGGGAGCUCGCUGACCAGUAUGAGUCUUACUACGACUACAGGAACUUGAGCAAGAUGAGGAUGAUGGAAGCUUCUCUCUAUGACAAGAUCAUGGACCAGCAAAGACUAGAACCCGAAUUCUUCAGAGUCGGUUUCUAUGGAAAAAAGUUUCCUUUCUUCUUAAGGAAUAAGGAGUUUGUGUGCCGCGGCCAUGACUACGAGAGGCUGGAAGCUUUCCAGCAGCGGAUGCUCAACGAGUUCCCCCAUGCCAUCGCCAUGCAGCACGUCAACCAGCCGGACCAGACCAUAUACCAGGCAGACGCGCAGUACCUGCAGAUCUAUGCCGUGACUCCGAUCCCGGAGAGUCAGGAUGUGCUGCAGAGAGACGGAGUGCCUGACAACAUCAAAAGCUUCUACAAGUUCAAUCACAUCUGGAGGUUCAGAUAUGACCGGCCUUUUCAUAAGGGCACCAAAGACAAGGAGAAUGAGUUCAAGAGCCUGUGGGUGGAGAGAACAACCCUGACUCUGGUCCAGAGCCUUCCAGGCAUCUCCCGCUGGUUUGAGGUGGAGAAGAGAGAGCUGGUGGAGGUAAGCCCACUGGAGAACGCCAUCGAAGUGAUCGAGAACAAGAACUUACAAUUACGUACAUUGAUCACCCAGUGUCAGAGCCGGCAGAUGCAGAACAUCAACCCCCUCACCAUGUGCCUCAACGGGGUCAUCGACGCCGCUGUCAACGGGGGGCUGGCCCGCUACCAAGAGGCCUUUUUCGUGAAGGACUACAUUAUGAAUCACCCUGAGGAUGGCGAGAAGAUCGGGCGACUGAGGGAGCUCAUGUUUGAACAGGCACAUAUUCUGGAGUACGGCCUCGCUGUGCAUGAGAAGUUUGUUCCGCAGGACAUGAGACCUCUCCAUAAGAAGUUAGUGGACCAGUUUCAUCUAAUGAAAUCCAGUCUCGGCAUCCAGGAGUUUUCAGCUUACGUGCGCGCAAGCCCGGUGCACUUCACCAACGGGAGCCCACGACCGUGCAGGAACUCUGUGCCCAACAUCAUCAGCCCAGAUGGUGGCAGAGGGGUUGUCAGACGGAGCUACCCUGCGGUGAACCGCUACUCCUCAUCCUCUCUGUCGUCUCAAGCCUCCAAUGAAGUCAGUAACAUCACAGGACAAUCGGAGAGCUCGGAUGAAGUCUUCAACAUGCAGCCCAGUCCAUCUACCUCGAGCCUCAGCUCCAACCAUUCUGCCUCGCCCAACGUCACCAGCUCAGCCCCGUCCAGUGCCAGAGGUUCACCCCAAAUGGCAGAGAAACACAAGCAUUCCAGAGAAAACGCCUGUUUGUCUCCGAGAGAGAGACCAGUCAGUGCCAUCUUUCCCAACCCCCUGGACCCUGCACAGAGAGCUCCUCCUCAUCAGAUAGGCGAUACCACUUUACCAAGGAGUGACCCCAACCUCUCAGCACCAGACAAAGUGAGACCCACACCCAGUAGCUGGAGCCUAGACAGUGUCAAAGAGGGCGCUCCAUCCUUCUCUGACUCUGUUGGCAAAUUGCUAUGCCCUCCUGUCCCACCUAGGCCUCCGUACUCAGCAGGCUCCUCGGCUAAAAACAUGAGGUCGCAGUCCCCUGUCCCUGCGUCCAGAUCGCCGCAAAAGACCACAGUGCCACCUUUCACCCCUUCACCUACCGAGUGCCAGUCUGCCAGCCUGGUCUCCAACUCCCCUGUCCUCUCUGGCAGCUACAGCAGUGGCAUCUCCUCCCUCAGUCGCUGCAGUGUAUCGGAGGCUUCAGGCACCGAGCUGCCUGCAGGUGACCACCCGCCCCACCCGCUGCCUCCACCCACCACCUUGCCAAACUCUGUGUCCAGCAGCUCCGAUGAGCCCAUCCGCAGAGAGAACAAGACGCCGCCUCCCUACAGCGUGUACGAGAGGAACAACCCCCGCAGGCCAGUGCCGCUGCCCCACAGUCUCUCCAUCCCCCCGCAGACGGACCCCCCGGCCCUGCCACCCAAGCCUCACCAGCUCCGCACAGGCAGCAUGAAGCUGGACGGAACCUCCGACCCUCGUGUGCCAAGACCGAGGCCUCUGCCCAGGAAGGUGUCCCAGCUAUAGGUGCUGCUUAACGGUCCAGGUCUGGGGGGUUUUGUGGAAGGAGGUGGAAGAAACACACUGGCGUAAUUUGCACUUUUCUACUGGGCACUCACUUGUUUUUUUUUUUUUUUUGGUUAUCUUCAGUUUGGCAUUCCUGACCUACGUUCCAAUAAAAGACACAGGCCAAUAGAUUUACAGGCAGUCAAAAAACUGAACUGGAGAAGCUGUCGGAUAAAGAAAGUUUCCUUUUGUAUUUACUAGAGGGCAUUGCAUUGACUUUGACUUGGUCAUUCCGCACUUUUAGCUCUAGUACGUACAGUAGGUCGCCACGGUCAGUCGCAACAUAUGUUUACCAGAACACUCUAGAAAAACACAGUUUUGAUAGAUGUAAUAAUCUCAAAUAUAUGUAUAUUGGUAUAUAUGAAAAUUGUUUUUGCCUUAAGUAUUGAAAACAGAGUCUUUUAUCCGUGAGUCUUGCACGUUUUUUUUUUUUUUUUUUUUUUAAACUCAGUACAUUUGUAUACUGUAUGGCUAAAAAGGUGCUAGAGGCCUUGAGUAUGCAUUUCAGUGAAGUGUAGUAGACAAGGGUGUGUUCCCAUGAUCAUAUCCUCACAAUCAAUGGUACAAAAAAGUCAAAAGUUGAACUUUUAAAUGAAAAACUCCUGUUAUACCUGUAAUUUUUUGCCUGGUUUAAAAUACAGACAAAAUUGACGAACACAUUUCAACAUUUUUAUGCAGUAACACGAAACGUUUGGUAGCUUCAGCUCAGUAAUGACAGCAGUUUUAAGGCAUAUUUUAAUUCCACUUUGAUACAUGUAAAUCAGAUAAGUAGUAAGAUUCUUAGUGGUGAACUGCCACCUUCCUAAACCACUCUACUGCCUUUUUUCCUCUCUAAAACCUUAAAGUCAGCCUCUUAACUUUCACACACGUCAGGAAUUGCCCCCAUUAACAAUAAAAUCGUGAUCCUGGACCAAACACACGGGCAAACAUAAGUGCAAUUGCAUGCUCAGAAGCUGGAAUUUGCCAUUGGUCAUUGCCAUUUAUGUGAACACACCCUAACCCUCCUGCAUGAUGUAAAUGACAACAGAUCUUUAGGGGGAGGGGUGGGGUUACCAAGUAUUGUGCCAAAGGAAAAUGUAUAGUGUGCUGUAAAGAAACUUUUUUUUUCUUUUUAACUGGGACCUGGAAUCAAGAAGUUAGGAAAUUGCUCAGCAAAGGAGACGUUGAUUUUACCCACACGCCCUGAUUAAACUGUAAUCUACUGAUCACAUGUAACUCUAGACAAGCACAAACAUGAUUUUAUCAUCUGUAUUAUGACCAGUACUGUUACUAUGAAGUCUCUAUUUGACAAAACAGUAAUUGGAACAGAGUUUAACUGUCAGCAGUGACCUGAAAAAACACACGAUGACUGACACUCUAUUGGAGAAAUAUUUACAAACUAAUCAUUGUCAAAUAUUUGUACAGUUGAGAUUUAGUUUCUGUUUGAUUGAAAAAUGGACGUGAGUUGACUGCGUUGCAAAUAGUUGCUCAGUUCAAUGACAUUGCGUUGUUGCAGUGAGGUAAGUGUUAUGGCAGAUUUCACACAGUUUUGUGAAAUAGAGGAAAUUUUGGCACAAGAUAUUCAUCAAUCUUAUAUACAGUGCAACAUUUUUUGGGGGAAGGGGGGGUUAGCUUUAGUAUUGUUUGUAUGUUUCAUUUUUGUAUGGUUAAUUUACUUUUUGAUUUGUUGUGAAUUUUUGAGAUUAAAUAUUCACAUUAAUCAGUACUUGAGAACCUGUAAAUUAUAUGAUGAGAUUAAUGUAAGUAUGCCAAAUAUAAAAUUUGUGUAUUACAAUUAAUGUAAAUAUUGUGUUUUUAACAAAAUGUAGCUAUAACAAUUUACAGCUUUGAAUGUAAUGUUGAAGCAGCAAAUUAUUAUUAUAAAUGUUCAAACUUUUAUGGUUUUGUGAGUGUAGAAAAACUAAGAUCAUGCAUAACGACACCUAACACAUUUACAAGUUCAAUAAACUGCCCUAUGUAAUACA